CACAUCCGGCCACGCGGUGGCAGUAGUUUCAUCAACACCGCCUUCCAACAUGGCGGCGCCCAUUGCACGGUCAUGCCGCACUGCGUGUCGAUUCAAAUCACACUAUUUAUUCAGAAAAGCAUUUUUGUCUUGUUUAAAACCUUCAUUUCACACUUCUGCGUCCAGACGAACCGGGCUCCUGUUGUCUUUGUAUAACAGGGGGAUCCUAAAGGAGUCGUUUCCCGAGAAAGCAGCUCAGGUCGAAUUACCGGAGCUCCUCCGGUCCGGACCCCAGACAGUCUACUGUGGGUUCGACCCGACGGCGGACAGCCUACACGCCGGCAACUUGCUCGCCAUCAUCGGCCUGCUGCAUUUCAGGGAUGCUGGCCAUGACGUCAUCGCGCUUCUCGGCGGAGCCACGGCGCGGAUCGGUGACCCGAGUGGGAAGACGGCCGAGAGGGAGCGACUGUGCCCAGACACGGUGGAGCGCAACGCCCGCGGGAUUCUGGAGAACCUCCAGCGGAUCUUCACCCACCACGAGCUCUAUUUCAGCUCGGACCCGAGUAAAGUGGGUCGGGUGACGGUGCUGAACAACUUCACCUGGUAUAAGGACCGACAGGUGGUGGACUUUUUGUCAGAGGUGGGCAGUUACUUCCGGAUGGGCACGAUGCUGAGCAGACACAGCGUGCAGUCGCGGCUGCGCAGCGCAGAAGGGAUGAGCUACACAGAGUUCUCCUAUCAGCUGUUCCAGGCCUUCGACUUCUACCAUCUGCACCAGCUGCACGGCUGCAGGAUCCAGUUGGGCGGAACCGAUCAGCUGGGAAACAUCAUGAGUGGCCACGAGUUUAUUCACAAAAAGACAGGGGAGGACGUCUACGGUCUAACCAUUCCACUUGUGACCAGUUCAAUGGGAGAUAAACUGGGGAAGACUGCUGGUAACGCUGUCUGGUUGAGUAGAGAUAAAACUUCCCCCUUUGAGUUUUAUCAAUACUUCCUCCGUCUGCCUGAUAACAGCGUAGAGGGGUAUCUUAAAUUGUUCACUUUUCUUCCACUGGCUGAAGUUGAGAAGGUGAUGGAACAGCAGAGGCAAGACCCGGGCCGGCGGAUCGCUCACAAACGUCUGGCCGCUGAGGUCACCAAACUGGUGCACGGGAAAGAGGGAUUGGAAAGUGCCAAGAGGUGCACCAAUGCUUUAUAUCACAGUAAUAUUCAAGCUUUGGAACAGAUGAGUGACGUGGAAUUACAGGAACUUUUCCGAGAAGCUCCGUUUCAUGAAGUUUUCCUUGAUCCGGGAUCGUCUGUAUUGGAUGCCUGCAGAAAUGCACAAGCCAUUCCUGAAGGUCCACGUGGAUAUCAGAUGAUAAAGGACGGUGGAGUUUGGAUCAACCACCAGAGGGCAGCAAACCCCGAGCAAGUUCUGGUUCCGGGUCAGCACAUUCUCGCUAAUGGACUCAGUCUGAUCAGAGUGGGCAAGAGAAACUUUUACAUCCUCAAGUGGCUUAGUAUGUGAUUGACCGACAACAAAAGUGUGGAUGGACAACACCUGAUGCCUUCAAUAGACAGAUCAAUGUGUCACAUUACAACAGGAUUUAUACCAUCAGAUAAAAAUGCACAUUUAAAAAGGAAAUAUUCAUACACAUACUAACUUUAUGUGUUGUGUAUAACAUAAAUGAUAUCCUGUAAUACUGAAGUACACCAACAGUGGUCAGCAGAGCUCUGUUUUUAGUCAACCUGUGCUCACACUAUUUAAUCAAAGACUUUAAAAUUAUAUGUUGAAUUAAUUUAGUCUUUGAGGAAUAAAUCAAAGACAUGAGAACCGUC